AUGUCGGGCGACGCGGCGGAGGCGCAGAGAGCGAGGGCCGCCAACGGCAGCGGCGGCGGCGGGAGCAGCAACCGGAUUCAGGUGUCCAACACCAAGAAACCCCUCUUCUUCUACGUCAACCUCGCCAAGAGGUACAUGCAGCAGCACGGCGAGGUCGAGCUCUCCGCGCUCGGCAUGGCCAUAGCAACGGUCGUGACAGUGGCAGAGAUUCUGAAGAACAAUGGUUUCGCGUUCGAGACAAGGAUUAGGACAUCCACUGUGGAAAUCAAGGAUGAGAUGAGAGGGCGGCCAAUCCAAAAGGCCAAGAUUGAGAUAGUGCUGCGGAAGAGCGACAAGUUUGAUGAGUUGAUGGCCACGGCUGCGGCGGAGGAGGCAGCAGAAGACGAGGAGGAGCAGACCUAG